AUGGAUGAAACACAGUUGAGCCGUCUGAAUGCUGUCUACUCUCGUUGGAAUACUCGUACACCAAAUACACUGCUAAGAGAUGAAUUGAAGUCAUCAAAUGAUUCAUCGAGUCGAACUGCUUGGCAGAAACGUUUUGAUGAGACAAAACGAUUACAUCGACCUCAAACACGCGCCAGAAGACGAACAAAAACGAAAAAGACGAAUGUUGCUCAAGUUCUUCCUGUUACAUUCACCAUCAAGCUGCCACUAGUAACAACACAUUCAACAGUCCAAAAGCCUUUCUCUGGUCGUUGCUGUGAGGCAUGCACACCUUUCAGUCGAAAUCAGUUGUUUGACAGUCACAUUCAGGCUGCUCCGGUUCGCGAUGUGUUGCAGCUUCCCAAUGUGAUGAGGCCGAAUGUGUGGAGAAGGUUGUUUCCUCACUUAACAUUUUGUCUCUCGAGAGAUGUGCCAUGGACACAUAAUUUGGUUGAACAAGAAGUAUUGAAGUCAGACAGGAUUGGUCAUGUUAUACGACAGGCGGUUGACUCGGAAGGCAAGGCAUCGAGUGAGAUCGAGAUGAAGAACAAGCUUCAGCUUCAGCAACAGAAAGCCAUGGAAUUGCUAGCAACGAUGGCAAGUUCAAUAUCUGGAUUCGUCGUAAGGCUGACGGGCAUCGUGUUGUUUAAACUGUUUGGAUCGGCGACGGAUGGCAUACGUGUUCAUCAGGGACAAAUGGAAAUGGUGGAGCGCGCAGCUAAACAAGGUGUGCCUAUCAUUUAUCUUCCCAUGCACAAGAGUCACCUCGACUACCACAUGCUGACGUUCACUGCAUUCUGUCACAACCUCAAGACACCUCAUGUUGCUGCAGGAGAUAAUCUGAAUACGUGGGGAUUGAGUUUGCUACUGCGAUGUCUCGGAGGCUUCUUUAUCAGACGAAAACUAGAAGAUGCCAACGGACACAGAGACCCAAUAUACAACACCAUCCUACAAGAGUACAUCCAGUGCCUUCUCAAGCAAGGCGAACACAUUGAAUUUUUUCUCGAGGGUUGCAGGUCACGUUCGGGUAAAGUCCUAAGACCGAAAUGCGGGUUGUUAUCAAUGGUUGUCGAUGCUGUCGCCGACGAUAUCAUUCCGGAUGUCUUUAUUGUUCCAGUGAGUUGCGGCUACGACAAGAUUGCGGAGUGUUACGGAGACGAACUAUUGGGGCGUGGGAAGAAGCAAGAGUCGCUGAUUGGCGGUGUACGUUCUGUGUGGAGGCUCGUGACGGGUGACUACGGUACAAUACAAGUGAACAUGGCACAGCCGUUCUCACUGCAGGAAUUUCUCGAAACUCAUCCCGGCUUCGAGUCUGACAAGUCGGUGAGGAGAGAGGUGGUCAGUAAGCUCGGCAGGCAUGUGCUCUAUGCUGCGGAUCGGUCGUCGUGUGUGAUGUCUACUGCCAUGCUUGCUUUCCUGAUGCUCAACAAGUACAGAGAUGGUGUAAGUUAUGGUAAACUAGUUAACGGAUUCAGCCGACUGCAACAGGAGAUAACGUCACGACAAAGAGACGUCGGUUUUGGCGUGAGCGCUUUCAUUGCCAUGAACAAGGCACAUCACCUCCUCAAACCAUACCUCAUAGAAGAGACAUCAUCUGAUGACAAAAACGAGACGAUAGUCAAACCAGACACGACACUUCCUGGUGUGUUCGAGUUGGCAUUUUACAGCAAUCAGGUUUUGUCUGUCUUUUUGACCGAAGCUGUUGUUGCGACUGCAAUCUGUGGUUUGUGUGGGGCAUGGCUGACAACAGAAGCAUCAUGUGGAAUAAGCGAGAGCACAACUCUGUCACAGGAUGAGAUGUUGGCAAGAAGUGAAGAGAUUUGCUGUUUAUUUGAUUGUGAAUUUAUAUUUGCUCCGCCCUGCGUCACCAUUCGUUCAACUCUGUACGAAGGCUUAGAAGCUCUCAUUGGCGGUGGCAUGAUGACCUACACGACAACUCAGGAUACAAGGCAAGUUGCAUAUUGGGAUGACGAUGAAGAAGGGGAAUAUACACGUACAACAGACAGAACAUUGAAGCUUCAUGCCCUCUCAGAUCAACUCCAAAAACUUUCCUUCUUUCACUCUCUCAUGGCCCCAUUCGUUGAAUCAUACUGGACAACGGCUUGCUGCCUCAGGAAGCUAACAGAACAACCAAUGACAGAAAAGGAAUUUUUGUCGGAAGUUCAAGAUACAAUCAAGCAGAGAGUUGAAGAGGAUCUUUGUAGUUACGCUGAGAGUUGCUCACUCUCACCUCUUUCCAAUGCCCUCACACAUUUCACACAAGAAGGUGUCAUGGAGAGGAGCGAAGUCAGCACAGACUACCUACUGCUAAACGAACAAUACACACUAAACAACUGCAGAAAACUGAAUGAUCUAAUCGACAGCAUAGGACGAUUUAGGAGAAUGUAGGAGGUAAAGCACAAGCCAAGCAUCCCCACGUGUGUGACCAAGUGCAUGAUCACAAUGCAUGUUGCCUCAUUAUGUAGUAAUGAGAUUUAGUGAUGAUUUAUUGAAGGAGUUUGUAGAUGCUGUACAUUGUUAUGUCUGGAGGCUGCAGUUUUCCUUUGCAUUUCACAACUUGGCACAGUUUACCGGUUGAAAUUGAAAUUUCAUCUAUUGAAUGUUUUCACAUUGUAAUUUGUAUUACACAUCAGAGACAGACAGACAGACAGACAGAUGGACAAACAGACAGACGGACAAACAGACAGAUGGACAAACAGACAGACAGACAGAUGGACAAACAAACAGACAGACAGAAGGACAAACAAACAAACAGACAGAUGGACAGACGGACAGACAAACAGACAGAUGGACAAACAGACAGAUGAACAGAUGGACAAAUAAACAGACAGACAGAGAUACAGGUGGACAAACAGACAGACACACAGAUGGACAAACAAACAGACAUACAUAAUAACUCAUAAAAUUGAUAUUUACCUCAAC